GAAAACAAACGUGUUGAGUGAGUGAAUUCAAUUUUGUUUUGCGGGAUUUUAAUAUAUUAUUUUUGUAUUAUGGCUGGUGAAACUUCGUUAGCUAGACAGCUUAAAAAAUUGGCUGUUCCACAAACUACUUUGCUUAUUCCAGAGAAAAUUAAAAAAUCUUUCUUAUUCGACCACCGGGAUGCCGCUGGUUUAGAUCGCGAUAUUAUUUUCGCUUAUGGUACAACAGGACUUGACAAACUUAAGAUAAUCAAUCCAUUGUUCCAAAAAUUUGAGCAGAAUUUGUUCAGUUUAAGUUACAAAGAAUUUGAACGAUCCGUACAAAGUGACAGUGUAAACAAAAAGUUGGAUGAGAAUAUUACGGAGUUUCUUCGAAUGCUUUCUCCCUAUUUUCUAAUACGAGCUGCUCAUGAAGCUUUAGAAUGGCUGGUAUAUCGAUUUCAUAUACAUAUGUAUAAUGUUGAUGAACUUGUUGCAUCUGCAUUACCGCACUGCCAAACGUCUGUUUUUGUGCGAGUUAUUCAACUGUUGAAUUUGGACGACGACAACAGAUGGUCAUGGUUAAAACCCGUGCAGAAGUCUGGUGUUCAUCUCGAAUAUUCUGCAGUCUUAAAUCAUUUUAAUUCUGAUCGUGGCUUCAGAAAAUUUGUCUGCGAUUUGGCACCGAAUGUUCUGAAAGUGUAUGGAAUGGGCAAUGUAGCUGUUGCAACACCAGUUAUUUCAUUUUCAAUGCUUACAAUCUACUAUGCACUCGAUAUAUGUGACAAAGUGACUGAUAAUUUGAUUACAUUUAUUUUUCCUUAUAUAUUAGCUGGACUUAAAUCAAAAUUCAAUAAAUACAUUUCUUGUUCAUAUGUUAUUAUUGGGAAAAUAAUGAUGAAAGUAAAGUUAUCAGAUGUGUUAGUGUCAGAUUUAUUGUUAAAAGUGUUUGAAAAUGUUCAGGUGGAUUUAUUGGAGGAAAUAUUUAAAUUGUUGUUGGUGAUAUAUCAACAACAAGAUCUCAAGACGAUUCCAGAAAAAUUAUUCCCUUUUUUGUGGUCUGAAAGUCUUACAUUGAAAUAUUUGGAAAGUCUAACUGAAAAAUAUGAGGCUUCAUCUUUACUUAAUGCUUUUAUUAGAAGUUCUGUGCCUUAUUUAUACGAGUUGCAGCAGAAUAAGUCUACCUCAAAAGGGAGAAAAUUCUGCUGGUUUUUUAAAUAUAUGCUGACCAAUGUUAAACUAAAUGAAAAGUGUGUUAUUUUACUCUUCAACGAAGUUUUAAAAUUCUAUUUGAAAUAUCUUGCCAAAAAGCAAGGCAAUUAUGCCAAACAGUCCUUGAAAGAGAGUGCAAAAUAUUUGCUAAAAUUUAUAGAAACUAAAUAUCCUGAAUAUUUUGAUAAAGCUAUUAAUUCCUUCUUAAAUAAGAAAAAAAUGAAUGCUAACGAACAUUUGUGCGAACUGAUUAAUGCUUCGGUCUGCAGUGUGAAGUACAAAAUCCUGCCUGAUGUGCAGACAUGCUUAGUCCUUGCAUUGAAUCAUGUUAAUAUGAAUGUAAGGAAAAAUGCAGUUAAAAAUUUAAUAAAAAAGUCAUUGAAAGACGUUGCUGAUAAGGAAUUCAUUUCAAAUUCUUUAUACGAAAGAUUGUAUGAUGAUUCUAGUGUGGUGAUGCAAGUUUUAUCACAUCCUAAAGCCCUUCUUCAGUUGCUUGAAAGACAAAAAAUGCAUAUUGCAUUUGAACACAUAUUAAGAAAAAAUAUCUGUAAGGAUUCUCAAUGGUAUCAUGCUCAGAUGCAGUGUUUGGAUAUUUUGGGCUGUUCUUUUGAUGGAGUAUUCGAGGAAUCUUUCGAUUUAUGGCAUACUCUACUUCCUUUUCUUUUUCCUGUAAACCGUAAGAAUUUUGAAGGCUUUAUUAAAAUUUUAAAUUCUAAUGUAUGUGAUAUUUUGCCAAUAUUUCAAAUUGUGAAGUCUUCAAAAAGAAUUGAUAUUCAUGGGAAAAGCAUCAGUGAUGAAAAUUUGAUUCAGCUGAAUUCUGUUAUUAUAUCAUGUGCAAAAGAGUACCUUGACAAAUUAGAUCAGUCAACCAAAUCUUUAUUUUUGUCAUUAUUACACCAGAAAGUGUUGAGUGUAAAAUGUAAUUCCCUUUUUGUCAUAUAUGGUUUUAUUUUGGGUCAUGGAAUUUUAACUGAGAAUAAUUUAGAUCAGAAAUUAGAUAUGGUAAAAAAUUUAUUAUCAUUUUUAAAAUUUAUUCUCUCAAACCCUCACCAGCUGUGGAUAGCAUUUGGUCAGUGUGUCUCUGAACAUGCAAUUAUCAGUAGUAAUAUUGAUGCUCUUUUGAAUGGCAAGUUCCCCUCUUCGGUAAUUAGUUUUUCAUUUUUGAAUGCUAUAAAAAGUGUAAGUUUAGAUGGGGAUGAUUUAGGCUAUAAUCAUUGGCCCAAUAUGGAUGCAUUUCAAAUUUUAAAUCUUUUAUUUGAAUUUUGUAUCAUUCAGAUGAACUCACUUAAAGGAAUACUAUCGGAGAGUUUCAGAAUACUUCAGAUGGAAUUUAUUCGUGUACAUUUUUCAGACGUUAAACGUUUCUUCUGGUUUUUGUCACAGUAUUGGUGCAACUUUAAUGAACAGUACACUACCUUGAUUCAUUUAGGUUCUCUUAAGAUUACAGAAACAUAUUUUCAGCAAUCUCGUGUGAUGGAUUGGUUUUUUGACAGUUAUGUACCUUUUAUUUCUCUCAUCAAAGCUGUAGUAUCUUCAGUAGAAGGUACACGUGAAGCUGCACUGAAUUUAUUAUCAACUCUUUUGCAAAAUACUCAGCAUUGUGAACAUGCACUCAAAUAUCUAGCUGAAGAUAUAUGCAGGAAUUCUGAAGAAAUAAAAAUAGAUCUUAGGCAGUGUUUUUAUGUUAUACAUGAUUGGUUAGCUCCUGCUGCUGAAAAUUCUAAUGCACAGGUUUCUAAACUUCCACUUAGAACAUUAGUUUUAGAAAAUUUUCUUAAAAUUAUGUCUGAUAAUCAUACUCCAUAUGAUAUAAAAUAUUUCAUUUUAUUAAGUCUUGAAAAGAUAGAUAGUGUUAAUCUUUUAUCAGCAUACAUUCCUGUUUUGAAACAUUUUAUUGAACAGUUAAAAGAUGGAAAAGAAUCUGCUGAUGGACUUGUACUGAAUAUUGUAAAAUUACUUUUAUGUAAAUAUACUCCUAAAACUGCUUCAUGCUUGGUGGAUAAAAAAAUAGAAACUAUUAUCCUUUUUGAAUGUUUGCAGUGUGUCAUUGAUAAAAAUCAACUUGAAGAGAUGGAUGUUGAAGAUGACAAUGACAAAAAUCAACUUGAAGAGAUGAAUAUUGAAGAAGUUGAUGACAAAAAUCAGUUUGAAGAGAUGGAUGUUCAAGAAGAUGUCAGAGUAAUAAAACAAACUAUGAAGGAUAGGUCAGUUCAGUUGUUAACUUUGAAGAUCAUCACUAAAGAAUUUUUCAGUGCAAUUCCAUCAUCUUCAGUGCAACAGAAACUUCUCAAUACACUCAUAGAAUUGUACAUCACUUCAACACUCGAUAUAAAUUCAGCUGUUAGAAAAGUAUUAAGGAAGUUAUGCACGUAUGCACAUUUACUUUUAAAAGAUUUGCAGAUGGCAGAGUUAGUUACGUCAAAAGGUACAUCUUUGAAAGAAAUGAAGAAAUCAAAAAUUAAAGAAAGUGCAUUAUCUGAAAAUUCUAAUGCAUUAAACAAAGGGCCGUGGAAAAAGGUCAUUGUCUUACUAGAAAUAAUACAAAAUAAAAAAAAGUUAGAAAAAAGAGAACUUCUAAUUCCAGAACUUUUUCAGCUUUUAAAUAAAAGUUUGAAUUUUGAUAGCAAUACGUCAGUUGAGUAUUUGAGACAGUUAAUUCUUUCCACAAUAUACAACUGCUGCCAAGAACUUGGGACUAGUGGCCUUGAUGAAAGGCAGUUCCAAGUAGAACUGAUUGUUCAAUGUAUUCGCUCAUCUACAAAUCCUAAAACUCAUCAUGAAUCAUUAUUAUUGCUGAAUCUUGCUGCAAGUAUGUUUCCAGACUAUGUUUUAAGUAAUGUGAUGUCAAUUUUUACCUUUAUGGGAUCCAGUCUUGUUCGUCAAGAUGACAGUUAUAGUUUCCAAGUUAUCUCCCAAACAAUUGAGACAAUUGUACCAUCACUUCUGGCAGCCAGUAGCCAUCAAGAAGAAAGUGAGGCUGUUCAAGUAGUGGCAUCAGUCAUUCGUGUUUUUGUGGAAUCCCUUUCAGAUAUUCCAGGGCAUCGUCAAUUACCUUUAUUUACAAAACUCAUUACAACUCUGGAUGCUUCAAAGUAUUUAUGGAUUCCUUUAGGACAGAUUUGUGAUCACUAUGCUACAGUAUUUCAUAACAUAACAUCUGAAGAUGUAGAUAAUUGGAAAAUUGCACCAACACUUGAAUUUGCUAUAAAUUUACACAAACACUUUUCACCUAGUGUUCAAAUAGAUACAUGUAUAAAAUUGAUCAACUUUCUUGGAAUGUUGCCCGAUUCAAAAGAAGAUUUGGAAACAAAUGCUGAAGUAAUUUCUAAAUUUAAAGAACCAUUUAGUGUUAUCAGUCACUCUGAUAAACAGUUGCAAGUGUACAAGCAUAAUGUUUUAUCUUACAUAAAUAUCUGGUUGUCAUCGCAAGCAUUUGUGAGUCAAGUGUCAGAGUUGGAUUUAAAAGCACAAUAUAGUUUAGAAGAGAAAUAUGAACAGUUAUUAGAAGCAACUUUAAGUUAUUUGCAACAUCAGAUUAACAUUAGUAAGUUACAUGCGAAUGAUCAAAGAACUGCAAAUAAUCUCAUGCCUUUGUUAUAUAAUUUGGUAAGUCAUAUUAAUUUGUUGUUGCCAUGUAAUUUAUUCAUAAGGGUUGUGCGCGGAUUGUUCCGUAAUACAGAUUUGAUUAUACAAAAAAAUGCUAUAGAGUUAUUGAUUGCAAAAUUAGAACAACAUAAUCUGUUUUCUGAUGAAAAUUACGAAUCUUUAGUAAAGUUACUAAAACCAUUGAUUAAAAUUGUUAAAACAUAUACAGAAAUAGAAAAGUCUGAAUUGGUAAGCUCAGCUGUAAAUCAACAAACUGCAUUAUAUUCUUUGCAUUUGCUAGCUAAAGUUAUUGGGCAUAAGUAUCCAUUAAAGUUUUUUAAAGUUCUUCGGAUUACGAUAAAAAUUUUAAGUGAUAAGGAAAAUCAGCCAGAGCUUGCCAUAAAUGCUUUGCUGUGUCUUGCUCAGUUGUGCGUUUGUUUGAAUGUUAAAGUGUUACUGCAGUUAAAUUCAUUUAUGCCAAUAAUAGUUGAUCUACUUCAUGAUGAUAGAACUAUAAAUUUAAAUGAAUGCUUAGUGAUCAGUAUAAUUACUGCACUACAAAGUUUGAUUGAAAAUAUUGGACAAUUUUUAAGCAGUUAUAUGGAGUCCCUUGUGACAGGAAUUUGCAAACUUGCAAUCAAAUAUUCUGCAAGCAAAGCUGUUUGUGAAAAACUGCAUGUCUUACGAUGUUUAUUAGCUAAAGAAAUAUCUCUCAGAGUUUUACUUUCUUCAGUAGAAAGUGGUUAUACAAAGCUUUUAUCUGAGAAUAAAAAUGCUGUCAUUCCAUUAAUGGAAAUUUUUGAAGAAAAAUUAAAUUGUUGCAAAUAUGAGGACAUUGAAGCAUGUUCGCCACAGCUGCAAAAAUUUUAUAUUUUGCUUUUGGAUUUUCGAAAUCUGAAUUCUUCGGAUUCUCCAGAAUUUAUUGAAUCAGUCGAAGACAGCAUAAUUUCCUGUUUGAAAACUUUCAUUUUAAAAUUGUCUGUGACUCGUUUUCGAACAUUUUUUCAGAAAGUGUACCAGUGGGCAAUAUCAGCUGAGGAACAAGAGCAAAAACUUAGAAUUUUUACUUUUUACAGAUUAACAUGUGAAUUAUCACAAUCUUUAAAAAAUUUGUUUGUGCUGAUGGCUAAAUAUUUCCUUAGGCAUGCUGCAAAUAUUUUGGACCGAAACAAUUGUUCAAAGACGGGCAGUUAUUUUGAAGAAAGUAUCGCCAUGUCAUCACAACUUUUGAACUGUAUUCUGGAUACCUUGAAUUUCUGCCUUUUAUAUGACGAUGGUCAACUUUUAGAUAAAGAGAAUUUUGAAAUAUUGAUGCAGCCUUUAGUGGAUCAGUUAGAAAAUAUACAUGAUGAAGCAUUGUAUCAAGAAAUGGUAGAAAGUCAUUUAUCCAGCUGUAUUGCACAUUUCAUGGCAGCAGUAUCUGAUCAUGCAUUAUGGAAAAAACUGAAUUACCAAAUUUUAUUAAAGACAAGACAUGAUUCUCCAAAAUUAAGAUUUGCAGCUCUUCAAGUUAUACGUGAUGUUGUGCAAAAGAUGGGGGAUAAUUAUCUUACAUUAUUGCCAGAAUCAAUACCAUUCCUUGCAGAAAUAAUGGAGGAUGAAAGCUUUGAGGUUGAACAAGAAUGUCAGUCAGUUAUUAUUGAAAUGGAAAAAAUUCUAGGUGAACCAAUAAGAAAGUACUUUUAAUAACUAAAUUCAUAUCUUGUAAAUAAGUAUUAAAUUUUGAAUAGCAUUUAAACUACUAUUUUAUUGUGGAAAAUCAAGUGUUCCUUCACUUUUGAAUUGUAAUAAAACAAAAUAUAGAGCAUUUAAAUUUCUUUAUAUUCAUUAAUGAAAAUUUUUAAUUUACACAUUUGGGGUUUUUAAAACUCAAGUUAUUUCGAAAUAAAUAAAGUUAAUUUUGUUUCACAGUA